CCCGCGAAGCCGCGUAACGCGGUACUUGCGUGGUGUUGAGCCGUGUGCGGGGCUAAACGACAUCCAACUUUGCCAACUCUCAUGUCAAAUCUCCACAGUUUCUUUCGGCAACGUUGACUGUACACGGGGAUCGUCGUCACCAUGAGUAUACUCGCCAAAAUAGCGGAGAUUGAAAGUGAGAUGGCCAGGACGCAGAGGAACAAGGCCACCGCUCACCACUUGGGUCUGCUCAAAGCACGUCUCGCCAAACUGAGGAGGGAACUCAUCACACCAAAGGGAGGCAGCGGUGGAGGACCGGGAGAAGGUUUCGAUGUCGCAAAAACCGGCGAUGCUCGCGUUGGCUUCGUCGGAUUCCCCUCGGUGGGAAAGUCUACACUGCUAAGUAACCUGGCAGGUGUGUACUCCGAGGUUGCUGCCUAUGAGUUCACCACUCUCACAACGGUGCCCGGAGUCAUUCGCUACAAAGGUGCCAAAAUUCAGCUCCUGGAUCUCCCAGGAAUCAUUGAGGGGGCCAAGGAUGGCAAGGGCAGAGGCAGACAGGUCAUUGCAGUGGCUCGAACCUGCAACCUAAUCCUCAUAGUGCUCGAUGUGCUGAAGCCUCUUCUCCAUAAGAGGCUAAUAGAACAUGAGCUGGAGGGUUUUGGCAUCCGACUUAAUAAGCAGCCACCCAACAUCGGCUUCAAGAAGAAGGACAAAGGAGGCAUCAACUUCACAGCUACAUGUGCACAAACUGAGCUGGAUGCUGAAACGGUGAAGACGAUCCUGGCAGAGUACAAGAUCCACAACGCCGACAUCACCCUGCGCAGCGACUCCACAGCUGAUGACCUCAUUGAUGUGGUGGAGGGAAAUCGGGUCUACAUCCCAUGCAUAUACGUGCUCAACAAAAUCGAUCAGAUCUCUAUUGAGGAGCUGGACAUCAUCUACAAGGUGCCCCACACUGUUCCCAUCUCUGCCCACCACCGCUGGAACUUCGACGACCUGCUGGAGAGGAUCUGGGACUACCUACAGCUUGUGCGCAUCUACACCAAGCCGAAAGGCCAACUCCCUGAUUACACAUCUCCUGUUGUACUCCCCGAUGACCAUACUUCAGUCGAGGAUUUCUGCCUCAAGAUUCACAAAAACCUCAUCAAAGAGUUGAAAUAUGCUCUCGUGUGGGGAGCGUCUGUGAAGCACAACCCCCAAAAGGUGGGCAAGGACCAUGUGAUGGAGGACGAAGAUGUCAUCCAGCUGGUGAAGAAGUAAAAGGAGUCCAGAUUUCACUGCAUGGCCAGAGAAUCACAAAGUGUUCUGUACAGUUGCUCGCGAAAUUGCAUCAGACCAUGUUUGUCAGUGGGUUUUUUUUUUUGCUGUGAUUUAAAAGCAAUGAAAUGAAUGUGUCACAUUUUAAAGAACCUACAGAACUUGGCAUCAUGAAUAGUUCAUAUUGAAUAUUGGUUAAGACUUACAUUAAAAUCUAAAUUAAAAUCUGUACAAUAAAACCAAAGGAAUCGUGCUGCA